AUGCAUUACUCCCAGCUCCUCAUCACCGCCGCUGCCCUCUUCACCCAAGGCAGCCUGGCCGUUGGUGUCAAAACCUACAGUGGUCGUGACUGCACCGGCACAGAACAGACUCUCACCGUCGAUCACAACGCAGCUUGCAAUCCCAAAGUCCAGCGAUUUCAGUCUUACAGAGAGAACGGAUUUGGACCCAGCAAUGGGCAGAGAAUUGCAUUCUAUGCUCAGCCGAGUUGCUCUCAGGAGUCGUUCAUAUAUGACACGUACUCUUACAAUGGAGAUUACUUCCAUUCUAAGCAGUGCUACAAUAUCGAUGGCCAUUCUCCUGUCAAGUACGCUCAGGGUGCGAAACUCUAUUAG